AUGGCGUUUCAAGCUCAGAAAUUAUAUGGUGGGGCGGUGGCCACCUCAAUUCCAACAGGUCUUCUUGAUGCGUCACAAGUUCGUCAGAUCCCUGAUACCCAAGAAGUAUUUGUCAACAUGAACAAUCCAUCGCUAUCGCCAGAAGAUUCGUUGAUCUUCGAUUUACUAGAAAUGGUCGAAGCCUCUGAUGAUGCUGGUGCUGUUAAAAUGCACCUUGAUGAAAUCUCUCAACUCAAUGGGCUUGUGGGGGAUGCUGCAUGGAAAUUGUUGGAAUCACAAGAUAUCUCGAGCAAGCUUCGGCAUUUCACCAAGUCGACGUCGUCAUCCACUAAAGGCUACGUUGCGGUUGCUGCGGCCCCUGCUCAAAAAUGGGGCAAGGAUAAAGCUGAGUGGGUGGUAUUAAUUUUAGGAUUGAUAAGACAUAUUGAAAAGGAUGUGGAUAUUUUGAUUUCCGUGAAUUUGCCAUCACUCAGCGUAGAAUCUUGUGAAGAGCUUCGUGAUAUUGAAAGUAGUGAUAAUGAAAAACACAAACGAAUUAAAGCUGGUAAAGAUAUUGUGAUUAAAGCGAUGGAAAACUAUGAGAUUUUGGACGGCGGACUCUUUGGUUAA